UGUGAGCCGCGUGCUCUUCAGGUUCUUACUCAUGUCUCUUCAUCAACCAACUUCUAAGCUCGUUUAAUAAUUAUCAUGACGGCAUUUAAUUAGAUUUAAUCUACAAUUAUUAAAAUAAAUUAAAAUGACUCGAAAAAGUAGUAAAAAAAAAAUUUAGCGCACUAAUUAUGUCUCGAUAAAUUUAAAUAUUUGAAGGUGAUGUAAAAAAAAAUAUAUAUAUAAAUAAUGACAUUAAUUAAUAAUACAAUGCAGUAAGUGGUGAUGUGAAUUUUUUUUUUAGUGAAAUUUUUUUUAUUUGCAUAAAAAAAAUUUAAGUUGAUUGUAUAAAUUGUAAAUAAAUAAAAUAUAUAAGAUGGAGUACGAUCCGAUGAUAAAUUUGACGUUCGAUGCAGAUAAAAUUCUGCUGAUGGAAAAUCUAUCGAUUUUUGAAAAUAUAAGUGAGGAAGACUAUUUGAUGUAUCAAUUGGGACCCAAACACUUGCCGAUGUCUGUUGUCGUACCGAUAACGAUAGUGUAUGUUAUUAUUUUUAUAAUGGGAAUUGUGGGAAAUAUAAUGACUUGUUGGGUUAUCCUGCGUAAUCCCGUAAUGCAAACAGCCACAAACUAUUAUUUGUUCAGUUUAGCUAUUUCCGAUUUAUUGCUACUCGUUCUCGGACUGCCGUUCGAGCUGAGUGUCUUUUGGCAGCAGUAUCCAUGGGAACUUGGCUGGGGUUUGUGUAAAAUACGAGCGUAUGUAUCGGAAACGUCUUCUUACGUAUCAGUAUUAACGAUAGUGGCUUUCUCUAUGGAGAGAUACCUGGCAAUUUGUCACCCUCUACAUCUUUAUGCGAUGAGUGGAUUGAAGCGACCGCUAAGAUUCAUCCUGACUGCCUGGCUCCUGGCUAUGCUCGCAGCCAUCCCGUUUGCCGUUUACACUAAAGUCAAUUACGUUGAGUACCCGCCUGGAAGUGGACGCGUUUCUGAGGAAUCAGCUUUCUGUGCCAUGUUACUUCAAAACAUGCCGGCCUUUCCAAUGUACGAAUUAAGUUGCUUAAUAUUCUUUCUGAUACCUUUGGUCCUCAUAAUGGUACUUUACAUACGCAUGGGUCGCAGAAUACAAAGCACCACUUUGGGACGCAGCAUUGAGGGUACAGUUCAUGGGGAAACAAGACAAGUCCAGUCACGGAAAGCCAUCAUCAGAAUGCUCAGUGCAGUAGUGGUUACAUUUUUUAUCUGUUGGGCGCCAUUUCACGCCCAGCGUCUACUUUACGUCUACGAUUCAAAGAGACUACUCGGCGCGAUUAAUGAGUGGCUGUACUUUCUCGGCGGGUGUCUUUACUACAUAAGCACCGCGAUAAAUCCGAUUUUAUACAAUGUUAUGAGCGCUAAAUACAGAGGGGCAUUUAUGGAAACCUUGUGCUGCACGGCACAUACCAACAAUCACUUGAACAGAGACGACCAGAGCAGCGUCAAGGAAACGAUGAUUUAUCGUUGUGGGUCAAUGAGAAGUUCGCAAAUUGCGCGGGGACGCACUCGCAGCAUGAGGUACCACCUGGACAACUCGAGAGACGAUCAGAAUCACUACCGACAACACGAAAGAUUUGUAAACAACCUCACGGUCAUGAAUAAUUUCAACGAAAUUCCCAUUGAAACGAGAAAACUCUCGACAGUUAUUCACUCGAGCAACGGCCGUGCUAAAUGUAGAGCAUCUGAAAAAAAUAAUCUACUGGACGAAACUCACAUUUGAAAUAAAUUUAAAGCUGGAUUAUUUUUACUGUAAAUCUAUCAUCAUUAACUGUGAUUAAUGCCUGAGCUUUAAUGUUAUAUAU